CUGCUAGCGCUUCCUUGUCCAAGCUGUCACAUGACUACAGUGAAGUCAGGCUCGGAAUGGCCAGAAGCAUCUGUACCCUAUCCCUAAAUUUACUAAUGGCAGUGUUAUCCAGGUAGCAUGGCAGGCUGAGCUUGUAAGAACUAUGGCGCUUCAAGCUCCUCGCACAUCGGUGUUCACCUUCCAGUCUGCAGUGCACAGCGCCCACGUUCUGCAGUGUCUGAAUGAGCAGAGACAGCAGGACGUCCUGUGUGAUGUGACGGUGGUGGUGGAAGACAGGAGUUUCCGUGCUCAUUGCUCUGUCUUGGCUUCUUGCAGUGAAUACUUUCACAGCAGGGUCACCAGUGUCACCAGCCAGAAUCCCAUCAUCACCUUGCCACAUGAGGUGACCGUAGAGGGGUUUGAACCUUUGCUUCAAUUUGCCUACACAUCAAAGCUCCUUUUUACCAAAGAAAACAUUGAUGCUAUUCACAGCAGUGCUGAGGUUUUAGGAUUUCACAACUUGGAGUCGACAUGCUUUGAUUUUCUCAUCCCAAAGUUUUGUGAAAGCAAAAAAUCCUCACAGGAGGUCAAGCAAAAAGUCUGUUGCCAGAGCCGGGAUCCUAGUGCAAGUUUUGGCUCUCGUGCAGAGAGUAGCCAACCAGAAUCAUGUGAGUCACACAGCUCAGUGCCUUCAGGAGGUGAUGAACAAAUAGACUUCCCGUCGCAGUGUCCACAGAGUGCACAAGGUCAGACAAACAGCAGGGAGGAACAUUUCUGUUUGGAGAACUGUGGACCACAAAUGGCCCCCUUAUCUCUGGAGUUAACAGGAAAUGGCAUGUGCCCCAUGUUGUCUCUGCCUUGCCCAAACUCUGACAAAGCAGAUCAUCCGUCUCAGUUUUGUGAAAAAGACAUUUUAGAGAUGGGAGACGUGUGCAGUCAAAGUGAGAUGAGUUUGGCAGACUGCGGCUUAUCUUGUGAGCUGUCAGCCUCGGGGGAUGUGAAUCCACCAGAACUCAUUGAUCCACCAGGCAGAGAAAUUAAACAAACUGUUGAGACACUUGGUGCAGAAACCAAUUGCAUCCCUAGCUCAUGUCCACUCGAGACUUCAGGGGCAGAAGAUUGCAGUACUUUAAUAAAACAGAGUGAGGCUCACUUUGAACAGGGAAUGACAGGUGAUCUUUCAAACUCUGCACUGACUACUCUAAGCCAUGAAGAAGGAUGUGGCGAGAGAAGUCGCGUGGAGAGGGAGGUGGCUGAACAUCUGGCAAAAGGAUUCUGGUCCGACCUCUGCCCGUCUCAGGCUCAGCCACUUCCUGUGGAUCCAGUGGAACAAAAUAAUCUAGCAAAAGCAUCUGACUUUCACUGGCUUAAGCAGCUGGACCUGAGUGCCAGUGUAGGAGACUGUCCCUUUCUCAGGGACCUUGGAACAGGUGAUGAUGCAGCUACACACACCGACAGCUUGUCUCAGGCAGAGAAGAGCCCUUGUAUGUCCUCCUCAAUAAACUCUGCUGAUGACUCAGACCUGGACACAGAUGGCGAUACUGAGGCCAACAACAAAAGAGCGGAAGAGGUUCAGCUUCCAUUCCCAGUGCAGCAAAUCUCAGUGCUGAGCCGGAGUGAAUUUCAGCAGCUUCUGAAAAAACAUUCAUUGACCCAGGAGCAGCUGGACUUCGUCCAUGACGUCCGUAGACGAAGUAAAAACCGUGUGGCUGCACAGCGGUGCCGGAAGAGAAAACUGGACAGCAUAUACCAGCUAGAAUGUGAAAUCAAAGGAUUAAAAAGUGAGAAAGAGCGGCUGCUCCAGGAGCAAACAGAACUGAAGCAAAACCUUGAGGACAUGCAGCAGAGCCUUUGUGGCCUGUGUAAAAGUGUUGAAUCUUGCUCUGAUCAGGACCAGUUACAGAUUCUUUCCAGAUUCUCCUCGCAAGACAUUCCCAUCCCUUCUCCCAACAUUGUUCCAGCAAUUGAAUUGGUAAGUUCAGAGUGUGAGCAGAGCGGGCAAACUGUACAAACAGUUCAAGUCGCUGAGCCGCAGGCCGGCACAGAGGACACGGGCUGCCCUGUUCCUACAUCUCUGCUCAGUGUCUGUCUGGAUAUGAACAGCAGCUUAUAGUAACUGGACUUAAACUACAUGGUCACUUGUAAUCAUGCAGGCCCACAGGUCAAAGGGUGAAACUUGGUUCUAUAUUGUAAUCCUCUUUUGGGAUAGACAUGCUUUCCUGUGUGUUUCACUAAAUAAUUGUCUGCCUGAUAGAGGCAACUAUCAUGUCAGGCGUUUUCUUUGCUGUACUUCUAGUCUUCAUUUUACUGUAGCAAAAAAAUUAACCAGUAUUCAUUUUUUUGAAGGUGCAGGCAAUUUUCAGGUAGUUCCUAAAAGUUUCCAUUUGAAAAUUAGGAGGAUAAAAGUAGGUUUGCUUUUCUCAGGGAAGCUCAUAACCUGACUGUAUUUUGAAUCAUGCUGCGCACCCAAACAGGUA